AUGCACGACGCAUAUGAAUCAGUCCCACUGCUGGAGAGGUUGCCUCUCCAAAUCGACUGUCUCACGGCCUGGGAGGAUUGGCUGCUUGUAGGAACAAAACCUGGACAUCUUCUUUUAUACAAAAUAAAGAAGGAUGCUGCAACAAACCGAUUUGAGGUGACCUUGGUAAAAUCCAAUAAGAAUUUUUCAAAGAAGAUACAGCAGCUUUAUGUAGUGUCACAAUACAAAAUAUUGGUCAGUCUUUUGGAAAACAACAUUCAUGUUCACGAUUUGUUGACAUUUCAACAAAUCACUGUAGUGCCCAAAGCCAGAGGAGCAACGUUGUUCACAUGUGAUCUUGAGCAAAUUAGCACGGGAGAGGAGAAGCUCAGAAUGUGUGUGGCAGUUAAGAAGAAAUUGCAACUUUAUUAUUGGAAAGACAGGGAGUUUGUUGAGCUGCAGGGAGAUUUUGCUGCUCCUGAUAUCCCCAAGUCCAUGGCCUGGUGUGGAAAUUCAAUUUGUGUUGGCUUUAAAAGAGACUAUUACUUAAUUCGGAUGGGAGGUGGAGGUGUCCAAGAGCUCUUCCCCACUGGAAAGCAGCUGGAGCCUCUGGUCACCCCGUUGGCUGAUGGGAAAGUGGCUGUCGGACAGGAUGACCUCACCGUAGUGCUCAACGAUGAAGGAACCUUCACUCAGAAGUGCGCUCUCAAGUGGACGGACAUUCCUAUUGCAAUGGAGCACCAGCCCCCGUACAUCAUUGCGGUCCUUCCUCGCUGCGUGGAGAUCCGGACCUUUGAGCCACGACUGCUGGUACAGAGUGUGGAGCUGCAGAGGCCGCGCUUCAUCGCAUCUGCCGGUCCAAACGUUGUGUAUGUCGCCAGUAACCAUUUUGUGUGGCGCCUCGUUCCUGUGUCUAUAGCCUCUCAGAUCCGGCAACUCCUACAGGACAAACAGUUUGAGUUGGCUCUUCAGCUUGCGAAGAUGAAAGAUGACUCAGAUUCAGAUAAGAAGCAGCAGAUCCAUCACAUCCAGAAUCUUUACGCCUUUAACUUGUUUUGUCAGAAGAGAUUUGAUGACUCCAUGCAGGUGUUCGCCAAACUCGGCACAGAUCCCACUCAUGUGAUCGGCCUUUACCCAGACCUGCUCCCGGCUGACUACAGAAAACAGCUGCACUACCCCAACCCUCUGCCAACCCUGUCCGGGGCUGAGCUGGAAAAAGCUCACCUCGCUCUCAUCGAGUACCUCAUACAGAAACGUAGUCACCUGGUCAAACAGCUAAAUGAUGCCGACCCCUUCACCACCUCUCCGCUGAUGGAAGGCACACCGACCAUCAGAAGUCGCAAAAAGUUGCUCCAAAUCAUAGACACGACUUUACUCAAGUGUUACCUGCAUACUAAUGUAGCACUUGUUUCCCCAUUGUUACGUUUGGAGAAUAACCACUGCCACAUCGAGGUGAGCGAGGACGUCUUGAAGAAGGCUCAUAAAUACAGCGAACUCAUCAUCCUCUACGAGAAGAAGGGGCUGCAUCAGAAAGCUCUACAGGUGCUGCUCGACCAGUCCACCAAAGCCAACUCUCCACUGAAAGGACAUGAGCGAACUGUGCAGUAUCUACAGAGACUGGGAGUGGAGAACAUGGGUAUAAUCUUUGAGUUUUCCCCCUGGGUGUUGAAGAUCUGUCCAGAGGACGGCCUCAAGAUUUUCACUGAGGACCUGACGGAAGUGGAGUCUUUGCCCAGAGAUAAAGUGCUCAACUUCUUGAAAGAGGGGUUCAAAGAGCUGGCUAUACCGUAUUUGGAGCACAUCAUCUCUGUCUGGGAUGACAAGGGCCCAGAGUUUCACAACGUCCUGAUCCAGCUCUACCUGGAGCAGGUUCAGAGCCUCAUGAAAGCCUAUCUCAGCUCUCUGCCUGAAGGGGUCAUGGCUGUAUCAGCAGGAAAAGAGCCCGGGACACUGGGAGAGUUCAGAAACAAGCUUCUAUCCUUUUUGGAAGAGUCCAGCAGCUAUGAACCAGACAGGCUCAUCAGUAACUUCCCCUUUGAUGGUCUUCUGGAGGAGCGAGCGCUGCUGUUGGGACGAAUGGGAAAACACGAACAAGCACUUUUCAUCUACGUGCACAUCCUGAAGGACACACGCAUGGCUGAAGAAUACUGUCGAAGGCAUUACGACAGUUCCGUUGAAGGAAAUAAAGAUGUGUACCUGUCCCUGCUGAGGAUGUACCUGUCUCCUCCAGACGUCCACUGUCUGGGCCCCAUAAAGAUGGAGGUGUGUGAGCCUCAGGCCAAUCUGCAGGCCGCACUGCAGGUGCUGGAGCUCCACCACAGCAAGCUCAACACCACCAAGGCCCUUAACCUGCUCCCAGCCAACACCCAGAUCCGUGAGAUUCGGGUGUUUUUGGAGAGUGUCCUGGAGGAAAAGGCCCAGAAGAAGCGCUGUAACCAGGUCCUGAAGAGUCUGCUCCAGGCGGAGUUCCUCAGGGUUCAGGAAGAGCGCAUUUAUCACCAGCAGGUGAAGUGUGUCAUCACUGAAGAGAAGACCUGCCGCGUCUGCAAAAAGAAGAUCGGCAACAGCGCCUUUGCCCGUUAUCCCAAUGGAGUCGUGGUGCACUACUUCUGCUGCAAAGACCGAAACACCUGCCCCACAGACCAGUGA